AUGGGUUUUCGUUUGCCCAGUAUUAUUCAUGCUAAGCAAAAUCUUCGACACUCCCCCUCGAACCAAGCUGCUCCGAAGGGCUAUUUUGCAGUCUAUAUUGGGGAAAGCCAAAAGAAGCGGUUUGUGAUUCCAAUAUCAUGCUUGAACCAGCCUUCGUUCAAAUACUUGCUAAGCCAGGCUGAAGAAGAAUUUGGAUAUAAUCAUCCCAUGGGUGGUAUCACAAUCCCUUGCAGUGAAGACAGGUUCCUUGACCUCAUUUCUAGCUCCAGUGGAUGA